AAAGGGCUAGAAUGACAUCUGGCGUAUUGAUUGCGGGCGGGUCUUCAAGCUAGUUUUUUGCCGUUUAGGACGUGGGGCUUUAAUUCAGAUAUAGAGAGGUUUUUCCUGCUAACUCAGAGCUCGCCGUAUCUGUGUCCGAGGGAGGAAAAGCUGACUGACUAAUCUAAAUGGAUGCGAUACUCAAUUACCAGUCAGAAGACACCGACGAUUACUACAGGUUACUGGGGUGUGAUGAACUCUCCUCGGUUGAACAAAUCCUGGCAGAAUUUAAGGUCAGAGCUUUGGAAUGUCAUCCUGACAAGCAUCCGGAAAACUCCAAAGCUGUAGAGACUUUUCAGAAACUGCAAAAGGCAAAGGAGAUCUUGACCAAUGAAGAGAGUCGAGCCCGUUAUGAUCACUGGAGAAGGAGCCAGAUGUCGAUACCAUUUCAGCAGUGGGAGGCUUUGACUGACUCUGUGAAAACAUCAAUGCAUUGGGCUGUUAGAGGUAAAAAGGAUCUGAUGUUGGAAGAAUCUGAUCAGACUCAUACGAACAAGAUUGGAAAUGAGGACUGGGACAAACAAAGAGAAAUAAAGGAGGAGGAAAUGGGUCCAACCACAGAAAAAAUGAAACAAAAAGAAUGUGAGUCCCUGGAGAAGUCAAGCUCCCAGCAGAAUCCAGAUUCUCCAAGUUUUUCCGAUGUGAACUGUUGGCACCUUCGCUUCCGCUGGUCUGGGGAUGCUCCUUCAGAACUCCUGAGAAAGUUCAGAAACUAUGAAAUAUGAAACGUCCCUGUGCUGUAAAAGAUGGAGAGCGACACUGGCCCCUGUGCUGCUGCCAUGUAGUUUUUGUUCACAGCUAAAACCAGGCGUGUGUCUGUGUCAUGUUCACACUUUGCCGAGUGCCCACUGAUUCCUCCAUCUUUGUGCCCUGUCCCACACAGUGAGAAAGCUUUCAGAAGACUAGUUUCUUUCAAAUAUCUGAAAUACAUUAAGGUUCUUAGAUUCAGAGUAGAUCAUAUUACAUGUACAUUCCAGUUAAUGCAAUUUAUAGAAAUCUACUUAAAACUUGAUCUCUGUGUUUAAACAUUUUAUUGAUGCACCUUGAUCUCUGUUAGUGUAGCUGCACAGGAAAUGUUUUGUGGCCCUUGACUUAAAAUGAGAUGUGAAAUUACUUGUUUAAACUCCACAGAGUUAAAUAAGUAAUUUAUUCAAAGUUCGUAAAUGAAUUUAUAAUUCAACUAUAUUUAAAAAAUAAUUGGAAUAGAAAUUUCUGCUUUAAAAAUCAUGAAUUGGAAAGUUAUAAUUUAUUUGAGGAAAUACAUUUCUACAAGAUUUCUUGUGGUAUAUAAGCAAAUGAUACACUUAGAAAUUAUGUUCUAAUUGAAAAUGGGCCUGUUUGAUAACACAACCUUUUUAGACUGGAAUUCCCGAUGUUCACAUGUAGUCUAUGGUUAUUUUUUAGUUUGUGAACAAGUGAAUGAAAAAUUAAGAAUAAAAACGAUUUUAAUCAA